AUGGUCGCGCCUAAUUUCUGCGUCCCGUCAACAAAUGUUCGUUUGGGCAGGCAAAUGAGCACUGUGUUGGAAACUUCCACUUCGCAAGCUUGCGGCAUAGCCACUUUGAACAAUCCUUCCUUUACUCCCAUUCCCUCCAUGUGUCCCAUUCGCGGUUCCCCUUUGUCAUCGUCUGAAUCUCAAUAUGGCUGUGCAAAUCACUUUAUGAGUACAACCAAUUUCUUUGCUGAAGACUGUUGUUUCGCAAGUGAGCUAUCAGAACCUGGUGACAAAUGUAAAAAAAGAAACGACUUUUCCAUCGUCGUUCCUCGAUUAGAUUCUGUCGACACAGAGUCUUGCACGAGAAGAUCCUCUUCCUCACCGAUUCCCCAUUUUGCAAUUGCCUCUGAUGGCUUGAUAACUCCUUCUUUAGAUCAUGCAAUUUGUCCUCUGGUCACUACCUUACGAAGCAUUAUUCCUUCGAAAGAUUCUAGCAAAGUCCUUGCAUCCUCUACAACUUCUCCCUCAUUGUGGGCGAUAACCCCUCAAUCACAUUAUGCCUCACUUAGCUCUUCUAUCCACUCAUCACAGUCCCCGUCAAAUAGUCCUGCAUUUGUUUCAUCACAUUGUUCCAAACCUAUUCCCUCAUUUUUACUCAACGGCCACUACGUACAAUCCGAGGCUUGUGGAAACUCAGACGAUUCCCCAAGAACAUUUUGUACUCAGCAAGAAUCCUGCGCUUCCUGUAAAUCCCAUCCCACUCAUCCACUUAAAUCUACCACUGUUUCCCAUCCGUCCGUUUCCUCCUACUUUUUCACUUCGUCACUUACAUCAUCGCAUCAGAAUACGAUAAAUCCUCCGUUAAGUUGCAGCGUCCCAGGAAGCUUUGCUUGUGAUGAUCAGCCGUAUAUUAGAGAUAAAGCUCCUUCGCCGUCGAAUCAACACAAGUUUCAUCCCAUACAUUCAGAAGAUGAAUCCAUGAACUUCGCAUCUAACAAUUCUGAGGGACCUCUCUCCGCCUGUCAGCGCCACUUACGUAAUUAUUUCGGUGUUCCUGAUAAUUUGCUAUGUUCCGACGCAACUCCUGCUAAUUAUUGGCCUAGCUGUUCACCCUCCCAGUUUCUUCGCUCCACUUCUGUUAUUGAGACAUUUCCGAUGAACACGUCGAUUCGCCUAACGCGCCCACCGAUCCUUACACAGGAGCUUUCUGGCAUAUGCACGACUAGUGCGAAUGUGUCCCGAACAAGCGCUGGUCUCCCCGAUUCCUGUUCUUCCACUUUUUCGGACAACCUAGGCUCUUCAGCUAAUUGUCUUCGCAAGCCAAAUGAUAUACGUCAGCGAGCUCACGUUCAGAAGGAUGUGGGGAAACUCGACUCUAUUGCUGACCACGUAAUACCAUUGAAGCGGCGUUCGGGGCGCGGAUGCUACCACCGUAUGCCAAAGCGACGCCGGAUGACCGGCGUAAGACUCGGUUUGACUUCGACUGCUCCGCUUUUGGCUUUUGUCACCCCUACCCGAAACUGUUUGUUUGCACCAAACCCAACCCAUUUUCUCCACGAUCCUGUUGUUUCCGUCCCUGCGUAUCUCUACCCGCCCACGCCUGCGCCCACUUUUUUGCGCAAGCAGCGGGGACUGGAACUUGGCGACCGGCGCGGGUUCAUCUUAUCACCUGACUCUCAUUUGUUUUCUACACCAAGAAAAUAUGACAUCUUCCCUUUCUUUCCCAACAGUCCAACAGCACUCCCUUCCGAUUCUGUUCUGUGUGAUCUUUUGGCAAAAAACUCAAACGAUGUACUCAGCUUUCACGAGGCGACUCGCAGUAACUUUCUUUUAAGCUGCCUAAGGCAGGCAAUGUGUCGUACCAGUAGGUCACGCGUUGACUGCUCCCCAGUGACAAACACUCAUCCACUCGACACCCAUCUUCUGUCCUUCCAUGAUUGCUGUGCUGGCCAUGUAACACCACCACUAUAUACAAAUACUGUGAACUUAUGUUCAGUAGAACGUACCCAUACAGUUCCCCAACUUCCAGAGCCGAAUACGGAACUUUCUCGUUGCGGUACACCGAUUGUUUGUGCUUAUUGUGCCAUGCAGAUAAUCGAAUCCAGUGCUGGCAUCACAUAUAGACCGCCUUGUGGCGGAGCGGCAAUCGUAUUUUGCAGUUUUUUCUGCUUAAUCACUUACCAAACAGCUGGCUGCAUUGCAGAACGUGAUUGUAUUCGUUCAUCAUUAUCCUGUCACGCUGUGGAACUCAGAUCGGUGUGCCCUUACAACUCUACAACCGCCGCACCAUCCUCGGUACUUUUGCUAAGAAGAAAGUAUGGAAAACCGGACAAAAUUACUGAGGAUCGCUUGUGCACUUUGGUGAAAAAUGGUCAUUGGAACCGGACAAUGGAAAACUUGAAUAAAGCCCAAAUCUCUAAGCCCUUUUCUCAACCCCUCUGGCGAUGGAAUCGUGUUCGAUGGUAUAAAUACUCCAAACAAGACUCCUUAAAGAAACCACAACCUUUCACUAAUCCUCGGUUUGUCGCUGAUAGUUCACCUAAUGAGUGGAUUCACUUACUCAUGGGUACUUCUACACACUCCAUGAUUCAUUCGGUUCUUUCCAAUAGGCUCCGGGAUGAUCGGGCCUGUUUAUUGUGUCACGGUUCUGGCGACGCCCCAAGUGAGAUUGCUGGACGGCUUUUACAGUAUGCAUUCAACAAGUGGCUACACUUGAAUUGCAUCCUUUGGUGCUACGAUGCUUAUGAAACCGUUGGUGGUAGCCUAAUCAAUGUCUCACGGGCUUUAACCAAGGCGCGCUCCACGCUGUGCUCUCAUUGUAAAUGCUCCGGAGCCGGCCUGCCUUGCUUCCAUUCGGAUUGCCAAUCCAUCUAUCAUUUACCAUGUGCUCAUGCUAUUGGUUGUACCUUCCACGUUGACCGUGCAAUGUAUUGUCCUAAACAUCAGAGCAAUGAAGGCAAAUUUCCACAGUUACACUCCUUGGCCGUUAACCGCCGGGUUUUCAUAUGUCGUGAUGAGAGUGCUCAAGUGGCUGACAUCAUUUCGAAGACAACUCAUCCGAGCGAUUUGAAAUCCAAGUCCCAGCACCAAUAUCCCCCAACCAAGUUACGUAUAGGCGGACUUACCUUACACAGCAUCGGGCAGCUUUUGCCGGAACAACUAGCCAGCGGCAUUUUCCAUUCAACUAAAUUCAUCUACCCGGUGGGCUAUUCUAGCACCCGUAUUUAUUGGUCUUACCGCCACGUUCGGCGGCGAUGUUUUUAUCACUGCAAGAUUGAGGAGAGCGAUAGCACUCAGGAAACGCUGGUGAAGACCACAUCGGCAUGUAUAAAGUUUGUUGUUGUUGCUGAGGAAUUUGAUGAACCGCCUGAAACUUUCGAGCACUCCACUUGUGACGGCGUUUGGAAAAGUAUACUUGCUCGAAUCAAUCGUUUGCGAACCUCCUGCUCAAGGUAUUUACGUAUCAUACAGGAGAAUUUGUCCGGCGAGUUUUUUUAUGGACUAACGGAGCCACACAUUGUGCGUGCGAUAGAGUCACUACCGGGGGUGGAUAGGCUGAGCAACUAUUCUUUCAAGUUCGGACGUUUGCAGCUAAUCAAAGAAAUGCCCCUAGCCAUAAAUCCUACGGGUUGCGCACGUUCAGAACCUAAACUGCGUACGCACGUGCGUAGGCUAUUGGCUUCUGACGCCGUACAUUCGCAAAAGAUUUUGUCAAAACGCAACCCUUGUUCUUAUCAUAUGUGCGUCCCCACUCGCUCUAGUCUUGGUAGUCCUAUCUACCUUACUUCAAAUUCUUCUGGCUUCAGUAAAUUGCAACAAUACAAACGACUUCGUGCAGAAUGGAGUUUAAACGUUGUACUUGCGCGCUCCCGCAUUCAAGGUCUCGGUUUGUUUGCUGCUCGGGAUCUAAGUAAGCAUACUUACAUAAUCGAGUAUCUCGGUGAACUCAUUCGAAACGAAGUCGGAAAUUGUAGAGAGCUACUUUACGACUCACAAAACCGCGGCGUUUAUAUGUUUCGGGUCGAUGACGACAAUAUCGUGGAUGCCACGAUGUGCGGCGGUCUGGCUCGGUACAUCAAUCAUUCUUGCGAACCCAAUUGCGCAGCGGAGAUACUGUACUGUGACGGUGGCGGCCACAUUAUCAUUGUUGCUAGUCGAGAUAUCGUAAAAGGGGAAGAGUUGACUUACGAUUACAAAUUUGACAUAGAAGAUCAUGGUGCCCGAAUUCCCUGUCUCUGUGGCUCCAUCAGCUGUCGUAAAUGGAUGAAUUAA